AUAAAAAUGGUGAAAAUCGAUUUGAGCGAAGAAACGGAUUUGGAUCCGGAUUUGAAUCUGGAACAUGAACCAUCCGAGCAACCGAUGCUGGUUCGGCCUAGUACUACUGCAGCAGCCGCUGCUCUCACCACCAGUACGAUUAAAACAACCACAGAAGUGAUCUCGUAA